GCGCGCUGGGAGCUGUUUGCGAACCAGACCAUCACCACUUUCACUGAGCGUUUUUCGCGGAGGUUGAAUGAAAUGAAAAGAGAUGCUCUGUCUUUCUUCUGGAUGGAUAAACGCGGUGUGUUUUUUGGACGGUGACAGCAGCAGCCCGGGAACCUGAACAUGUUUUAGCGCUCAGAGGAAAUGGACGACCUGUCUGCUGGCUCAGUAACGCCAUUCCUGUGUUUUAGUGUGAACAUCCCUGAGGAGUUUUGUGUGUCAUCGGGACCUUGAAACACGCACGCACGCACGCACGCACGCACACACACACACACUGAUGUUCAGCCUCUCCCUCUCACAGCAGACGUGGCAGACCUCAAAUCUCUGAAAGAUUGAUGAGGUCUUGUCCAGGCGCAGGAGGCCUGGCACAGCGUCGAUAAGGCAGCUUUCAUUUCAGCACAUUUUGUCCCUCGCUCCCUCCUUUCUUCUAGUCUUUUCCAUCACACUGAGGGACAUGGGGGCUCGCUUUAAAGUGUGAGAGAGGAUUAUGACAUGCCAAGGCCCCUGGGCAAGAAGGACAGUGUUUUAAGAAACGGGAACCAUGAGAUGCCCCGGAAAUGACGGUUCGGUUUUCUUCUGUCACUUCAUCUUGGACAGCUGUGUGGAAGCUGAGAAGGACGACAGAGUCGGCAGGUCACUGUCAAACUGCUGGAGCUGGAAUAUAAUGAAACUGCAGGGAGACACACAGAGCUGAGAGCAGCUGAACAUACAUCAUACCACGUGCACACACACACACACACAGUCACACACUCUGGGUGUUCCACACAGGACAAUGUGCAACAUCUCGUUCUGUGAUGUGGACAGUAAGGUGGACCAGUUCUUCCAGCCCACGCUCUACAUCAUAGUCAUCGUUCUGGGGCUGCCCACUAACUGCAUGGCCCUGUGGGCUGCCUACAUGCAGGUACGGCAACGCAACGAGCUCGGGAUCUACCUGAUCAACCUGUCGGUGGCUGACCUCCUCUACAUCACCACUCUUCCUCUGUGGAUCGACUACUUCCUGCAGCACGAUGACUGGAUCCAUGGUCAGGAGAGCUGCAAGCUGUUUGGCUUCAUUUUCUACACUAAUAUCUACGUCAGCAUCGCCUUCCUCUGCUGUAUAUCGCUGGACAGGUACCUGGCUGUGGCAUACCCUCUGCGCUUCGCCAAGGUUCGACGAAUCAAAACAGCCGUCCUGGUCAGCGCCAUGGUGUGGAUCAUUGAGAUUAUUGCCAACUCUGCUCCUCUCUUCCAUGAUGAGCUCUUCCAGGAUCGGUUCAACCACACCUUCUGCUUUGAGAAGUAUCCCAUGCAGGACUGGGUGGCAGGGAUGAACCUCUACAGGACAUUUCUGGGAUUCCUUGCUCCCUGGACAGCCAUGCUGGUCGCCUACCGUGGGAUCCUGGUCGCAGUGCGCUGCAACGUCUCAACAGAACGUCAGGAAAAGGCCAAAAUUCAGCGGCUGGCGUUGAGUUUGAUCCUGAUCGUUCUGCUGUGCUUUGGACCGUACCACAUCCUCCUGCUGGUGCGGAGUGUCAUGUUUCUAAGGAAGCCGUGUGACUGUGGCUCAGAGGAGAACUUGUUUGCAGCAUACCACGUAUCGUUGGCACUGACGAGCCUCAACUGUGUCGCCGAUCCCAUUUUGUACUGUUUCGUCAACGAGGGGGCGAGGCACGACGUAGGCCGAGCCCUCUCAGCGUUACUGUCUGCUGCCUGCCACAAGGGCUCCUCUUCCUCACCGUCGCAUGCUGACAUACUGAACGCUGGUUCCGUUACCAUGGAAACACCACUAUCAGCAAAGAAGCAGCCUUGUGUGUACGCCGACGGAGGCAAGACAAGCAGCUACAAGACAGAGCUGGUGGCUCUGAAGGAAGAGUGUCUACAGAUGACCAUCCUCAGUGUUAGGAAGUGACUUCCACCUCAGGUUAGUGGAAGGAGGAAGCUCCUCACACAUCUAAUUUCUUAUGGCCUGACAGGCUGAAAUCAGAACUGGUGGGUGUAGAUCGUUGGGCUAAAAGUUUCCGCUCAGUGGCACUUUAACAAGCCAGAAUGGAAACAAGAUCGAGGUGCUGGAUUUGGACAAAUGUGUGGAGUACAACACAAAGAGCACCUGCAAAUUAUUGGGUGAAAGAAAAGCAGAGAAACUACUUUGCUAUUGUUAAAUUUUUAACCACUAUAGGGGCAAAAAGUUUUGGUUUGCUGAUGGUGCUAUAUGAAAAUUCAGGGGCUCAACAAAGUCCUUAGGAUUCAACCUCAGUGGACCAUGAAUGUCUGUACCAAAUUUAAUGCCAACCCAUCCAGUGCAUGUUGAGCCCGUUGAGUCUGGACAAAGCGUUGCUGCAGCACAGCGACAGACUGGUGGAGAGGCUGAUAAGGAUUUCAUCAAACACAACUUUACAAAUUGGAUUUCUGGACAAUUCCUCACUGUGCCAGGUGUCACUCAUGCCUCAGAAGACAUUCUUGAAUAUUUAAGUGUAGUUAUUUAAGCAGACCACCCGCUGCAUGGGUGAGUAUCGUUCGUGGUGUGAGAGCAGACACCUUUGGAUUCAGUCUACUUGGACACCUGACUGGACAAAAGGUGGAUGUAGGAGGUUGGGGUUUGACACUCAAAUGUGCCACUUUGGAAAACAAAAGAAGAGCAGAAGGGUAAUAAGAAAAAGAAAAGAAAAAAGACUAGAUUACUGGUCAAAAACAUUUGUAAUGUAUGUUGGAAAUGUCUUUACCAUUUCGUUAGUUUCUUUUUUUUUUGUUUUGAAGGAAAUAAUGGAGCCUUAUGAAGUACCUCAGCUCAUAAACUGUGACAGAAUCAAGGCUUAGAGGUGUGUUUCUUCUUUAAUUUGAGCCAUGUUUUUUCCUUUUUCUUUUAUUUUUACCACCAAGAGCAAAACACUCAUAUUCAGUUCACUGAGAUGGCAGAGAAUGCAGCUUUUUACUGCGCUCAGCUCAUUUGGAAAGCUACUGUCAGUAAUCUUUAAAGUAUGCAGACUUCCAUGCUGGUUUUCCCUAAAAUGGCAAGAUUUCUACAUUCCUCCUUGAUUUAUGCAGCACUCAGGCUGCUAAAAUUGUUUGUCAUAUUAGGGAAACAAUUAAGAAAGAUUUCUGUAAUGUCAGUGUGCUGAGGAAAUUAAGAAAUACUUUACUGGAUAUCAAUAUAAAGCGAUCUUCAGGGGUCAGAAGGACUCUGGCAGCAGCCAUGAACGUCUGUAGCAGCAUUCAGGACAGGAAAGCAACAUCUGUUGUUUUUAACGAUUUAUUUAUCAAAAUCAUGGACUAAAAAUUUACAGCAAGCAUGUCUCUCCUUUUGUAUGUGCAGCUGAUGCUGGCAGCCAUACGCUGACUACGUUCUGAGCUCCUGAUGUCAAGUACACUUUAUCAGGGCCUGGAAAAAAAUGUGCUGCAGAAAUUGACCCUGAUUUGAAAUUAAACGGAUAUGAUUUCCAUUCCUUGCUGGCAGCUUGUUUUUACAGUCAAUCCAACAGAAAGGGACCAAACAGCUUUUUCAGAAUUCACAACAGUUGGGAUCCCAAAAUUUAACGGCAGCUUUUACAACAGAGCACUGAAUACUGCACACAAAGAAAGAAUAUGUGUCACUGAGAAAAAAUGCAGACUGGACAGAGCAGAGGCAUCUUCAGCUUCCAGAAUCAACGUUGGAGUCAUCAGCUUGAUCUCUAAACUUUUACUGUUGUCUUUUGAAAGAAUCAGUGGCAAUGACAUGUCAAGAGUGGACCUGUUUACAUUCAAGCCCUGCUGUAUGUUCAGGAAUACAGCAGUGACAUAAUGACUUUCCUUGUGUGCAGUUUUAUGGCUCAUGUAACUCCAGUCCAGCCCAGUGAUUUCAUGGUGAUCAGCAGGUGUUCAUGUUGAAGGAGGAUGGGAGAUGUUUUGGAAAGUGUGAUUCCAGCAACAACACAGAUUUUUGUGUUAUCUUGGCAUGAAAAGUGUUACCGUGUUAGUGCGAUGAUGUUGAGGCAUGUUGUUUGGACACGUUUAGCUCUUCAGGUUUGCCCGAAACGCUGCUGUGUACCACUGCUUUUGUUGUGCAUCUGUGUGUCUGUCUCAGAGAGGAGGUACCAGGCUUCAUAAUGUGCAUUAGUUGAUCGACAGUGUCAGUGAGAAAUAAAUUAUGC